GUUCUCGCUUCACCGAGUCGAUGAAGUGGCGCGCGGACGCUAGGCGUCGUGGCGUCCCAGUAAUCAAUCUGACAGGUGGUUAUUCCAGGCGUUCCGCGAUUGUUUGCAACAGGUUGACACGACUUUCCCCCGAAUGCUGCUGAAAUAAGAAAUGGAUUAUGACUACUUGAUAAAAUUCCUGGCAUUGGGCGAUUCCGGUGUUGGUAAAACGAGCUUCCUGUAUCAGUACACUGAUGGACUAUUCAAUUCUCGCUUUAUUUCGACGGUCGGAAUCGAUUUCAGAGAAAAAAGACUGUUGUACCAAUCAAAGGGGCGCAACCACCGGGUCCAUUUGCAACUAUGGGACACUGCGGGCCAAGAGAGGUUUCGUAGUUUAACCACAGCGUUUUAUCGGGACGCCAUGGGCUUCCUUCUGCUGUUUGAUCUCACUAACGAACAGUCGUUCCUCGAAAUUCGCAACUGGGUAGAACAGCUGCGGCUGCAUGCGUACUGUGAUUGCCCCGAUGUUGUCCUCUGUGGCAAUAAAGCCGAUUUGGAGGAUCGCAGAAUCAUAACGGAAUGGCGGGCGCGCGAAAUGGCGGAAAAGCUUGGGCUAGUUUAUUUAGAGACUAGCGCCGCGACGGGACAAAAUGUAUCACGAGCCGUCGAAACGCUUCUGGAAAAAGUGAUGAUUCGUAUGGAGACGGCCGUCGACAGGGCCAUGCUUCCAGGGCGUCGGGGGCGCCCUAGAGAUCCUAACGACGUGGAUUUCAACGCGCCCCCGACUCAUAAUUGUACGUGCUAAUGUGUUCCAACCGAAUUCAGUAUUGUCGUUAUGCCCUGGUACUUCCAUUCAAGCCUAUCGUUAUAAACACAAAGCCUAUAAUAAUGUUAUCGAUGAGGAUUAAUUUUAUGUAGCUUUUUACCAAAUAAAUGGGUAUUUUUGAUUCA